GGUCUGUGGCGGAAGAGAGUCAGGACUCAGUGGACUGAGGUGAGUGUGAACUCUUCAUGUCUGGGAGCAUAAGAGCUAUGUCGAAGUUUCGUCUGGCUGUGGUGCAGCUGCACGUGACCAAGUUAAAGGCUGACAACUUGUCUCGAGCUCAGAAGCUGGUGAAGGAGGCAGCAGGUCAGGGGGCAAAGGUCGUGGUCUUACCUGAGUGCUUCAACUCUCCGUAUGGGACGGGAUACUUUGCGGAAUAUGCGGAGAAAAUUCCGGGAGAAACGACUCAGGUCCUGGCGAAGGUCGCGAAGGAGUGUGGGAUUUAUCUAGUAGGAGGCUCCAUUCCAGAGGAGGAUGAAGGGAAGCUCUUUAACACCUGCUCAGUUUUUGGGCCUGAUGGGAAAUUACUGCUGAAACACAGGAAGAUCCAUCUGUUUGACAUCGACAUUCCCGGGAAAAUCCGCUUCCAGGAGUCAGAGACGCUGAGUCCGGGGAGCAGUUUAUCCAUGUUUGAAACUUCGUACUGUAAAGUCGGAGUCGGGAUCUGCUAUGACAUGCGCUUUGCAGAACUCGCACAGAUCUACGCAAAGGAAGGUUGUCAGCUGUUGGUUUACCCCGGAGCCUUUAACAUGACCACAGGACCUGCUCACUGGGAGCUGCUUCAGAGAGCGCGGGCAGUGGAUAAUCAGGUGUACGUGGCCACGGCUUCACCAGCGAGAGACGAGAGCGCCAGCUACGUGGCCUGGGGUCACAGCUCAGUCGUCAACCCCUGGGGUGAAGUGAUCACAAAAGCACAAUGUGAAGAGAGCAUAGUGUACGCUGAUAUCGACCUGCAGUACUUGGCUGACGUGCGUCAACAGAUCCCAAUCACAACGCAGAGACGUAACGAUAUAUACGCGGUUAACACUGUUAACGAGGGCUGAGUCUGCGUGAGAACAUCGUUGCUAAAAGCAGACGAACGGUUUGCCUCCCUGUUUACAUCUGGUCGUUUCAUCUGUCUCAGAUCUGGAUUGGAUUCUGCUGAUUUCAGCUUUUCCCAUGUGUUUUGGUUAACUGCUUUGAAAGUCAUUUGCAUGCAGAUCAGUUUAUGAUAAUUCACUGCUGGAAUUCUGUGUUGCUGCUGAUUUGAACUAUGCAAAAGAUGGGUGCUGUAACUUGAAAUUUUGCAUGGUGCUUUAAAUUACCUCAGACUUCAGCAGUCAUGGAUCAUGUGAAUCAUGUGUGUUAUGAUGUAUUUCAUUAAAAGGAUUUUUGGGUCUGGCUAAAAUGCAUCCGAAACCCCUCUUUCCAGGCAUAAUCCUGAUAAUCCUUAUCCAGAUUUAAUAAUAAUUACUCCUAUUCAGACGUAAUCCAAAUAAUCCCCAUCCUGACAUAAUCCCAAUAAACCCUAAUCCUGGUGAUCCCCAUCCUUAUAUAAUCCAGAUGAUCCCUAUCCGAAUAUAAUCCUGAUAUUCCCAAUCCAGAUAUACUCCCAAUAACUCCUUUUUGGAUUUAAUCACACUCUCGUUCUCUUUGUCCUGGUCAGGUUCGCAGUGGAUCUGGAGCCUGUCCUGGGACAACUGGGUGUGGGGUGGGAAUACACUAGAUGGGACAGCAGUCCAUCACAGUUCUAGUAAUUCCUGUAUGGAUAUAAUCCCUAUCUGGAUAUAAUCCUGCCAGUCUGUGUCCUGAUAUAAUCUUGUUAUUCCAUAUCCAGAUAUAAUACCAGUAUGUCCUAUCUGGAUGUACCUAAAAUAUCUUUCUGGAUAUAAUCCAGAUAAUCUCUAUCUAGAUCAUUUGAUAAUCCCUGUCCAGAUAUAAUCCUUUUAUUCCAUAUCUAGACAUAAUCCCUAUACCCAAAAAUCCCUAUCUGUAUAUAAUUCCAAUAAUUGCUAUUUGGAUAUAAUAAUGAUAAUCCCUGCCUAAAUAUAAUCCUUAUCAUCUCUGUUUGGAUAUAAUCCUGUUAUUCCCUAUUUACAUAUAAUUCCAAUAAUCCCUAUUGGGAUAUAAUCCUUGUAACCCUUUCUUGGAUAGAAUCCUGAUAAUCCCUCUCUAGAUAUCAUCACUAUCUGGAUAUAAUCCUGUUAUUUCCUAUCCAGAUAUAGGUUUAUCCUGAUCAUUUUUCAGGAUAUAAUCCCUAUAAUCCCUUUCUGGAUAUAGUGUCGAAAAUCCCUAUAUAGAUAAAUUCUCGAUAAUCUCUAUCUGGAUAUAAUCCCUGUAGUUCCUUUUUGGAUAUAUUCUGGAUAAUCUAUAUUCAGAUAUAUCCAGAUAUAAUCCUUAUAAUCCCCAUCCAGAUAUAAUACCUAUAUUCCCUAUCUGGAUAUAGUCCUGAUAAUCCCUGUAUGGAUAUGAUCAUGGAGAUCCCUUUGAGAACAUAACUAUGAUACCUGAAACCAGCAGGUCUAAACAGUGUCUCUGUUGAAUGUUUGAAACGUGAUCAGGGAACAGGUUUAACCGUCACAAAGUGCCUGAAAAACCAGCUUUCUCAGUCGUAUAUCAGUAUUCAGUCUCAGGACUGAAAAAUAUAAUUAUUUUUAAUGUUAAAGAAAUUACAGCUUUAAGUAAAUCUAGGAAAGUUAUGGCGUUUUACUUUUAAUGAUGUAUUUAACAUUGUGAGUGAAUACUGUGAAUACUGUUUAAAUCCUCUUGUGGGAAGUGUCUCUGAUUGACAGGUCACAGAUCGAGUGGAUCCUGUUUAAGAGUUUAAAUGCUUGUUCUGUUGCAAAGUAAGCUGACUAGAAUCAAUGCUGUGACAAUGGAAAAAUAAUUAAAAUUUCUACUCCAAUCUGA